AUGUCUGUCUCGCCUGCACACUCUCCUUCUCCCGCCCCUAGCGGCUCACAUUCUCGACAUGCAUCCACGCCACUUGAUAAGCAGAGGGCGCAGCUUGAGAAGUUGCUUAAGGAUCCCUCGAAGCCUGCCCACAUACCUGCGGCGCCAAAGGAGAAGACCAUUCGGCCUCCACGAGAGAUGAUGAAGAAUGUGCAAGGCUCCAGCGCGGGAGCAGGCAGUGGCGAGUUUCACGUCUACAAAGCGAGCAGACGGAGAGAGUACGAACGACUGAAGCUUAUGGAAGAGCAGGCCCAGAAGGAAGCCGAGCUUACUGAGUUUGAGAAGAAAAAGCGGGAGUGGGAGGAGGCCGCGGAGGCGAAGACGGCGAAGAAUAGGGCAAAACGGCAGAAGAAGAAAGAGCGCGCAAAAGGAAAAGGCGCGGAGAAUGGCGGAGGGAAGGACACCGCGGCCGGGACAGGUUCGGGGGCAAGUGGAGACCAGCCGUCCGCGCCGUUCAAGAAACGACGGCUCGUCAGCGGCAAGGAAUUGGUGUUCCGGCAGCCAAGUGAAGAGGGCAGCGAUGAAGAGGAUGAUGAAGACGACGUUGGUCCAAUGCCCGCAGCGUCGACCCUCGCCUCUGCGGACCCUGGUCAGGAACCCGUGCCGGUCGUCGACGCCCCGCGGAUAACGAUCAUCGAAGACGACUAG